UAAUUCUCUAAAAUACAUCAGUAUGAUCCAAUCGAUUAAGUAUAACAUUAGAAGAUUAAAAAAAGGGAAAAAUAACAAAAGACGGAAAAGAGAGGUCCAUCGAACAGAUGACGUGUAACAGCGGGUCCUUGCUUCUGCCGGGUCCGUGUAAACAGUGUGCGGUGCAGUCAUACAAAUCAGAAAAAUGUCGAAAGUAACGUUUAAAAUCACGCUGACGUCGGACCCUCGGUUACCAUAUAAAGUAUUAAGUGUACCUGAGAGCACACCAUUCACGGCAGUUUUGAAAUUUGCAGCGGAAGAGUUUAAAGUGCCAGCAGCCACCAGUGCCAUCAUUACAAACGAUGGCAUCGGAAUCAACCCGGCACAGACAGCAGGAAAUGUGUUCCUGAAACACGGCUCGGAGCUACGAAUUAUUCCCAGAGAUCGGGUCGGAGGAGGUCGCCAGCCCAGGAUGUGACUAUCCAGUGCUUUUCUGUCACAGACGAUGAACAUGCUUAUUUAUUGUCCAGCCCUGAGGUGUCAACUCUGAGCACUGCUGCGGCUCCAAAUCUGUCAGAGGACCUCACAAAUCUUACCGAGCUGCCGUCACAGCCCCCUUCUCAAAGAUAUACACUCUCAGGAUGUUGUCGAUUUGUUCUGCCCCAAAAUUUCGAACCACUAGGUAUUGAUCUUUGAUCUUUCACAAAAUAUUCCAUCUCUCUUUUUUUAAGAUCACACACUUAAUAUGUUCAUAAAGCAUAGUUUUACAUGUCUUAAAUACAUAAUGUCUACUUAAAGUCCAAUUAAAUGUUUAAAUACUGUUAAAAAAUAUAUGAUUUUCAUUUUCCAUUUUAAGAAGAAAAGGCAAAUGAAUGGAAAACAUCAUAUUUUGGCUUUUUUCUUCAUAUUUUGUGUUUCAUCAAUGGUUGUUUUGAGCUCUGUUAUAACUGUUAUUGCAGACAGAUAAUGACAGUGUCAAUGAGAUGAAAUUCCUGCAGUUGUGUAGCUAAACAAAACUAUACAACAGUAUGAUUAAAGAAGCUCUAAAGAAAAUAAUAAAAGAUGCAUUUCAUAAUAUACUUACUAUGUAAAAAAUAUUUACAAAAUAACUCUUUCCAUAGUUGUAAUAAACCAAUUUGACGUCUAGUUUCUUAAAAGUUGCUAUUUGUAACUUUCGUGGUCACACAAGUCGGCGUGCCUUUUCAUUAAGGCUUCAAAUCAUGGCUUGACUUGAAUAGUACUUCAGGCUAAUGAAUGACAGGCUCUACCUUUUACACCCUCCACCUUCCUCCUUCCCUUACAUUACUGCCAGGCAGAAGAGGAGGAGGAGGAGAAAAAGGGUCUGACUAUUCAGUGUGAUAAUGGAUCUUUCAUUUGUUUUAAUAAAAGAGCAGGCAUGCUGUGCCCUUUCCAUGCCACUCAUUACUGGGAAAAGGGGAGAAGUGCAUUAUAAAUACAGCAAGGCCUACAUUAUUCAAACGCAGACAUGUUACUCUGGAUCACAUUUGAAAAGGCAUCGCUUGCCUCCAGCCUCAUUUGGCAGGAAAUGAUGCGGUUUGUUCAUUACCCAUGGAAGAAAUUGUGCUUUUACGGACGUGACAGAGCUUGCCAGUGUGACAAAUGUCAAAUUUAGAAGUAAAAAAGUUACAAAUACACUUGUAGUAUUCUUGUCAUAAACAUUAAAGAAACCAAUGAAUACUGAUCUGUAUAGUG